UCUGCCAUACGAUGAUGAGAAUAAGUUAGUGCCUUAGGCACGUCGAGCAGUCGCCCCGCGCCCGUCGCGCCGUCGAGGCGCAGCGCGGCACGCGAGCGGAUCCGCCUGGCGUGACGCGCUCAGGCGGAGUCGCGCGGGGCAUGCCCCCGUGCCGCCGCUGCCAGCGUGCCUGUUUCGAGCCGACUCAUAACGAGUACAGAGGAUGCCGUGCCGCUGCCAGCAGGGUCCGUGGCGGGACGGCGGCCACGUCAGCGACUAUUACGACAGCCACGACGCUUUUGACGGCGCCGGCGGCGAUGACGCUGCGCCGUUUAUUUCGCCGUCAGCGCAUCCCCGCCGCUCGAGCGCGCCUUUCCGCGCGCCCUUCGGUUCUGGCGCAAUCCGCCAUCUGCGCCUGCUGCUGCUGGCGCUCGUCAUCGCCGCGGCGGACCUCCUCUUCCCCGCCUGCUCCUGGCGCAGCUUCCGCCUGCUGCGCGCAGGCGGGGGAGACUCUCCGCUCAUGGGAAGCGUGAGCGCCGUGUCCCCGCCCAACGCAUCAUACGGCCACGUCAGUUGCUCCAUAACCGCGCUCGGGCAUCUCAGCAGCACCCUCUCCCUCCCAUCGCCCUCCCCUCAUCCCCCUGUGCUCUCCGUGCUUUUCCCCCCGCUCCUCCCCACGUCCUCCCCAUUACCUGCCGCCACAACCGCUCCCCCACCUCUUGCAUCCCCCCCUGAGGUGGCGCCGCCCACAGCAUCAGUAGCAGCACCUGCUUCCCUGGCGGCAACCGCACCUGCACCAGCACCCGCACCUGCCUCUCUGCCUUCUCCCCUCGCUGCCCCGUCUCCCUCCCCCGUCGCUCCCCUCGCCUCCUGCCCAUCGUCAUCCCGCCUCUAUCUGCCUCAAGCCAUUGCUGCGGCCGCUGCUGCAGGUGAUGGUGUUGCAGCAGCAGCAGCCACGCCCCCCCUGCAGUGGACCCCCCAGGCGCACAAGUACAUCCUUAUGCACUGCGACAGCGGCCAGAUCAGCAACUGGGUGCACUGCAUUCGCAUGCAUCUGCUCUUCGCGGGUCUCCUCCGCCGCACUCUCCUCGUCAACGCCCUCCCCUCCGAAACCAAGCACGGUUACAACUACUCCAUCCUCUUCGACGUUGCGCAUGCACGGCAGUGCUACGGUAACGACGCUGUACAGACGACUGAAGAAUACUAUAACGAGUAUGGCAAGAAGGCGGAGCUGGAUCGAGUAUUGUGCUGGAGGUACGGCUCUAUACCCACUACAGCGCGCGAUAUGAAGUCAUUUGUGCAUAUACCAGAAGAUGUGAACAUCAAAGGCCAUGUGUCCAAACCGGCAUCGGGCACAUUAGAAAAGUUCUACAGCUUUUUCAAUGGGCAUACGGGCCAUGCAGAUGUGAUACUAUUGGGGGAUUUAUACAUCUACCCUUCCUUUAAAGAACUGGCGCACCCCUUGGCUUGGGGUGACCUUCCUUUUCAGCGGCUGCCCGGCUGCCCGAACAUACUCGCAGUGCAGCCAGACGAGUGGGUCUUCCGGGCAGCCGAAGAAUUCGUGCAGGAGAAAUUCGGGCAGAAGCCGUUCCUAAGCCUGCAUUUGAGAGCGGGGGACCUGCGGGCUAGCUGUGAGAAGCAGCAGCUGGACGUGGGGUGCCGGCUGGGGCCGCACCAGGUGGUGGCAUGCGUGAAGAGGCAGCUGCAGCAACACGGGCUGGCGUAUCUAUUCAUCGCCACGAAUGCUGCGAACAAGGAGGUGCAGCAGCUGAAGCAGCUGUUCCAAGCCAGGGACCCCACCCCUCCGCCACCGCCAGGAGCCCCCAUCCCCCCCCCAGGCGUCACCACCCACGUGGUGGCCGGCGUGCGCGGGUGGCCGGGCCUGCAGCGCUGGUUCGGCGCACUAGUGGCGGAUGACGCUCAGUGGAAGCUGGUCGUGGCAGAGGUGGACAAGGCAGUGGCGGUGCAGGGCGCCAUGUUCCAGGGCACGUGCACCUCGACCUUCUCUAUGGACGUGGAAAGGAUUAGGCUGGCGCUUGGGAAGGCGAGCUGCCACGACUCGUUUGUGUGCGAUGAGGAGGUUGCCGGGGGGGAGCUGGCAAAUGAGUCAAAGAAGAAAGGCUGCCGGACCGAGUUCCUCUUCUGGUAGUCCUGAGCCAGGCCUGUAUCCAGUCCAGUGGUUCUGGCAUCUUAUAUGUGAUAAUCCAUUCAACUCUGGCUAUUGCAAGGAGCUGUGUUCCAGGGCGCGUGCACCUCUACGUUCCAUGGACAUGAAGGGGAUGCGUAUGGCCAUGGGGAGGAGCAGCUGCCACAACUCGUUUGUGUGAUGAUGAGAUUGCCAGGGGGGAGCUGGCGAACAAGAGAAAGAAACGAGGGUGUCGGAGUCGGAUCCUGUUCUAGUAGCAGCACUGCCCGGUGGUGUUUUCCUGUGGUCAAGACU